AUGAUUAUUAGAAGCCUCUUUAGUGUUUAUGUCAACAUCAUUGACAAUGUCAUUACAUCUAUAAAAUGGUGUAGUUGCUAUCACGGGGAUACAGAUAUUUUGGCCCAUCUUAGACCCGGUGUCGCUGAAUCGAUUAAAGGAAAUUGUUCAGAAUUUGAUGAAAUAAACGACUUAGUUGAAUUUAAGAAAUGGAUCGAAAGAAAAGUCAAGUCUAAACGUAAUGCUGCGAUUGUUUCGAAGUCGCUUUCCAAGUCAAUCUUUGUGACUUCCAACAAGCAAGGUUAUUCCAGCAUUUCGAAAAACAAGAAAAGACAAGAGCCGCCGAAUAAUAACCGUUCGCAUGGAUCUGAUCAUUAG